AUGCCACCCCAUUCCCUCUACACCUUAACACGCUUCUUCACCCAAACCUUCUGGCUCCCACCCGCCCCAACCACUCACCCCAAUUCCGAAGUCCCGGCGUACAUCCCAGCGGACCUCUCCUCCAAAACCUACCUCAUCACAGGUGGCUAUGCUGGACUAGGUCUAGCAGUUGUCUACCAGCUCUACUCCCACCACGCCACAGUCUGGAUCGCCGGCCGCUCCGCCUCCAAAGCCGCCGACGCGAUCGAGAAGCUGCAGAGGGAGCACCCCGACAGCAAAGGUCGAUUGUGGUUCUUGGAGGUUGACUUCUCGGACCUAGCUAGCAUCAAGCCCGCUGUGACAGAGUUCAAGCGGCGCAAUGCCACACUUUCAGGUCAAGGCAGUGGGGAGGGAGGCGAUCUUCACUGGCUGAAUCUCAACCACGGCAUCAUGACCCCCGAACAGAGCGCGAAAGGCGCGCAGGGCCACGACAUGACCCUCGCAACGAAUAUCUACGGCCCGUUCCUCUUCGCGAAGCUUUUGCGCCCUGUGCUGCGCGAGACCGCACGGCGGAGUAAGCCUGGGGAGGUGCGGGUCAGCUGGGCGGGGAGCGUGGCGACGUAUUUGUCGGCGCCGGUUGGCGGGGUCGGGUGGGUUAAUGUCGAGAGUGAUGGGAAGGAUAGGAGAAGGGACUUGGUGGGUCAUGAUCAUGUUGGGGUGGCGUACAUGACGUCUAAGGCUGCGAAUUAUUACUUGGCGUGUGAGUUUGGGAGGCGGUUUGGGGUGGAGGACGGGGUCUUGCAUAAUUCCUAUAACCCAGGCAACCUCCGUACCUCCUUGCAACGCAAUACUGCCAGCCAUAACGGCCAGCUGGGUUACUGGCUCAUCUGGAACAUCAUCUGCCGCCAUGGUCCGUUGCACGGAGCUUACACGGAAUUGUACGCAGGGUUCUCGCCAGAGCUCGAAUUGGCAAAUGAUCAGGGCGCAUGGAUUGUGCCUUGGGGCCAGAAAGAUGUGAUGCGGCCGGACAUCGCGGGUGAAGUGGAGAAAGGGGAGGACGGAGUGGGCGGGAAGUUGUGGGAUUGGUGUGAAGAUAUCACGAGGGACUUUCAGUGA